CUCCUUGCGCCCUCUUUUCCACCGUCCUCUCAGAUCUCCAUACGGCGUUGUUUCGUGCUAUCCCACUAAACUCGUAACGCAGGGAAAGCGGUCACGAUGUCCGGGGGUCUAGAUGUCCUUCAGAUGAAGGAGGAGGAUGUGCUGAAGUUCCUGGCUGCAGGAACCCAUCUGGGAGGUACCAACCUGGACUUCCAGAUGGACCAGUAUGUCUACAAGAGAAAAAGUGACGGUGUCUACAUUAUUAACCUGAAGAAGACGUGGGAGAAGCUGCUGCUGGCAGCCAGGGCCAUUGUUGCCAUCGAGAACCCAGCUGAUGUGUGCGUCAUCUCUUCCAGGAACACUGGACAGAGAGCCGUGCUGAAGUUUGCCUCUGCCACCGGUGCUACCACCUUCCAUGGUCGUUUCACUCCCGGUACAUUCACCAAUCAGAUCCAGGCUGCUUUCAGGGAGCCCCGUCUCCUGAUCGUGACUGAUCCUCGUGCUGACCAUCAGCCACUGACUGAGGCCUCCUACGUCAACAUCCCCACCAUUGCUCUCUGCAACACUGAUUCUCCUCUGAGAUACGUGGACAUCUCCAUCCCCUGUAACAACAAGGGUCACCACUCGGUGGGUUUGAUGUGGUGGAUGUUGGCCCGGGAGGUUCUCAGGAUGAGGGGAACCAUCUCCAGGGAGCACCCAUGGGAGGUCAUGCCUGACUUGUACUUCUACAGGGAUCCUGAAGAGAUCGAGAAGGAGGAGCAGGCGGCAGCUGAGAAGGCUGUUGUGAAGGAGGAGUUCCAGGGUGAAUGGAGCGCUCCCCCUGCUGAGUUUGCCCAGCCCGAGGUGGCUGACUGGUCCGAGGGCGUUGCAGUGCCUUCUGUGCCCAUUCAGCAGUUCCCUGCAUCUGCUGCUGCCGCCGCCGCUGCUGCACCACCUGUCAAAACGGGUAAGGAGGACUGGAGCACUCAGCCUGCCACGGACGACUGGUCCGCUGCUCCCACGGCUCAAGCAUCUGACUGGGGCGGUGCCACUUCCGACUGGUCUUAAAUAGUUCAACAUGGCAACAAUAAAAGUGUUUUUUACACUUGGA